AUGACUCCAUUCAACACAUUGCUCGAAGUGGUCAAACACUGCGACAAAUUUCCUUACACUAUUGACCCUCAAUCGACUGAAGAACAGCAUCACGCUACACCUGUUUAUUUAGGGCGCCACAAAAUAGGCAAUAUUCUUCCUCACGUUCUGCCUGCCUUGACAGAAUAUAACAAUAAAACUGAACCAGCACCUUUCGUCAUUAACAAAGACAGCAUCACAUUUGCCUCGUGGGUGACUACAGCAGAAUUAAGAACCACGGUUAUGAAGCAGCUGAUGGAUACCUGGCGAGCCAACAAAACUUUCAAAGUGCUUGCUGGUUGGCGUAACGAAUUAUAUCCUGUCUAUGGCGAUUCGGAACAAGAAGGCAACAUUGCUUUUGUAAUGGAACGAGCAGCAACACCGUUGUUUGGUAUUUCAACCUUUGGUGUCCAUAUCAAUGCUUUCACAAGGGACGAGAAUGGCCACAUUUUAAUGUGGGUUGCAAGAAGAGCAAAGACAAAGCAGACAUGGCCUGGUCUAUUGGACAACUGCGUAGCAGGAGGUAUAUCCUACUCUUACUCCGUUAAAGAUACCAUGAUAAAAGAAUGUGACGAAGAAGCUAGUAUUCCUGCAGCAUUGGCAUCCAAGGCCCAUAGUGUAGAUGUGAUUAGUUAUUAUACCUAUACAGAUGGAGGUUUACAGCCCGAAACCCAGUAUAUCUACGACUUGGAAUUACCCAAAGAUUUUACACCUACACCCUGUGAUGGUGAAGUAGGCUGCUUUUAUCUGUGGCCAUUGGAAAAGGUAAAAGAAACCAUUUUGAAGAAUGAAUGGAAACCCAACUGUGCACUUGUGGCCAUCAACUUUAUGAUGAGACAUUCCUUUAUUACACCCGAUGAUGAGCCAGAUUAUAUCCACAUUUCUUAUCGACUCCACAGACGAUUGGAAUUUCCUACAGUCCGUAAAGGGCAUUCAUCAUGA